AGAGCCAGUUAGUCCAAGUUCCAAGGAGUUGGACUUUUAAUUAUUUUAAGUUGGCAAGAGGAAUUGACAGCCAUGCGAUGAAAAACGGCGAAACAUCGGUCUUUGCCGGCUAAUGCUAAGUUGCAGUCCAAAUACAAACCCCAGUUUAUUCUCAACUGUUUUGGCAAACGAUUUAGUUAAAUUGGUGCUCACCCAGUGUUCCGCCCGCGAGCUCCACUCUCACAUGAGAAAAGCCGCAGGCAGUACUGACACCUGUAAAGUAGUAGACCGUGCUGUGAAUUGUCUCGUUACACCUACAUAAGUAUUUUACUUACCGUCAGAUAUCUACGCCAUAUCAAGGUAAUUUCCUGCAAACUGUAAGAUUGUCUUAUUUCUGCUACAGUCAGACAUUCACACGGAGAUGCAUCAUACACCAUCUGGGAUGCAUAGAAAGGCAACUACGAAUUCGGAGAAGCUCUCGCAGUCAUGAAAUAUCAGUAUAUUUAAACAUACGUCGACAUACCAGAUUCAUCGAUGCAAGACCACCUUUAAUGGGGUCCGAGGUCACUCUGAAUUAGCUACCUACCUAGCUACCUUUCUGAUAACGACAUGCCCAUCGUGGAUCACAGCCCUACCACUGGGGUGGUUACAGUCCUCGUAAUCCUCAUAGCUGUCGCUGCUUUGGGAGCUCUCAUCUGUGGAUGUUGGUGCUACUUGCGCUUGCAACGUAUUGGCCAGUCUGAGGAUGAAGAAAGCAUAGUGGGUGAGGGUGAGACUAAAGAGCCCUUUCUCAUGGUACAGUACUCAAGAGACCCUCACGUUGAGCACAAAUCAAAGCUCAAUCCUAAUGUUGAGAAUCACAGCCAUCCAUUUGUGGUGAAAUUGCAGUAGGCCUAUUGCACGUGAUCUGUUCAUCUAAACAAUGACAAGCCAUGCGUUUCCUUGUCUUUAUUUUGUAUCGCAGGCUAUAAACUGAAUUCAUCGAAUCAUGUUAAGUAACAAUUUCCAAAAUGGCUUUUAAAUUGUGAGACUUCUGAUAGGCCAAUGAAGUGGACAUACGGCCAAUGUUUAUCACUCGAAACUAAUGCAUACAAUUAGUUAAAUGCCAUGCCUUGGUUUUAUAAUGGUUUGCUUUUUAUUAAUAAUGAAUCUGUGAAUGUGUAGUUAUGACACACUACAUAGUUUGUGUCGAAUACUUGCACUAGUCUAUUGUUUACAAUUAUUGUUUAUCUCUAGUAUAACCUAACGUGGGCUAUUGCAUGCACUAUUAGAGCUAUCAAGUUAUCAACUUGAUGCAACUGUAAAUUCCUAUUCAUGUUUCUCUGCAUGUUGUGUUUACAAAUGAUGCACAUUAUUUCACUUCACUUAUUUGAAGCCGUUUGUCUGGCAAAAAAAAUCCAGAAAUAAAAGUUCUUAAAAAUG